UGUGAAUCAUGUGCACUUGACAUUUUAGUAAGCACUUCCUUUCAACGUUCGCUGAGUGGAAUUUUUGGGCAACUGAACACAAAAUCUCUCCUGUGCAUUAGUCGUGUGUUGCCAUCGACUUGUAUCAGUAUUUGACGAAUCAGUGAUGGAUCCGGAUGAUGCUAAACGUCGGAGAGAAGAAGAGGCGGCCAUUAUUAUGCUUCUCAUGCUGCUGGUCGUGCUGCUGGGCCUCUGUGGAUUGAUGUUCUACUUGCUGAAGUGGCUAUUGGGUAUACCGGGCAGAAUAUGGAGCUGGCUCUGGGGCGGAUCAACAGAGGGCACUGUAAAAGAAUCCGCUGAUGAACGCAGGUCGUGGUAUCCAGAGGGCGCUUUUAAUGAACCAGCUGCUAUUAACUUACGCGUUCCGUGGAGUUGGCCACAGGGUGGAUCAACAGUGGGCGCUAUAAAUAAGCCCGCUGCUGAGCGCAAGCCGUGGUGUCUGCAUCCGCACCAACUCGAGCUAUGGUACAACGAAAAUAUACAGCGUGGAACCACGGAUUUCGACACGGACUGCCGUGAGGCUGUGGAUACGGUCGUGAGAUAUCUCCACAGGGUCUGCUCUACUAAUAAAGACUUGUUCGACGUCUCCAAAGUUGUCAAGGGAGGAUCACUCGGUAAAGGCACCAUGGUGAAAGAUCUAUCCGACGUGGAUCUUGUGGUGUUCAUCAAUCCGCCUCACAUGACAUCACUGGGGUCAACCGAUCCCCAGCUGUACCGGGACAAGCUCAAGACCGUUCUCAAGGAGCUGGCGGCGGCGCUGCGCCGUCACCCCUUGGUGAGAUUCAAAAGGAGCGACGCGUACCUGGUCAACUUUGCCGUGGAGGUUCGCUCGGGUGCGACGGACCUUAGCCUGCGGUCGGUGGAUGUCGAUCUCCUGCCCACGGCCGAUAACAUUUCAGGACACAAAUAUUCCCUGGGUCUGUUGUUCAAGGAGAUGCUGCAAAUGCGCAACUACGACAGCGGGUUCUACUCAGCCUCCUUGGUGGAACUCCAGCGUGACUUCGUGAAGAACCAGCCGGGCUACGUCAAGGAGCUGAUCCGCCUGGUCAAGUACUGGGCCUACACCUGCCUGCCCCAACACCUCCGUAAGUCCUACCCGCUGGAGCUGAUCACCAUUCAUCGCUGGGGGAAUGCCUGGAGCCCUUCCCAUUUUCAGAAGGUCCAAGGUUUGAGAGAUGUCCUUGAGACCUUGACUGAUCUCAACCGGCUGAGAACCUACUGGGUGGAGCAUUACGACGGGACACUAGCAAAACGGUCUAUUGAGAAACUUGGCCUACAGAACCCUAUCGUUUUAGAUCCGGCCAAUCCGACCAACAACGCCUGCUGGGCGUAUCAGCGGUCCAGCAACCGAGAACAGAUCCAGGGCGCCGCCAGGAAGACCCUUCGGUCCCCGCUGCUUCGCGAUGUCGUAGUCACUUCCAACUGGGGUGGUUGUUAGUAGAGAGGACUUCUGAAUGACGACGCUAACGUUCUUAUAGAAUUAUUGUUAUUGCCAAUUUACAUUUUGAGAUAGAUUUUCUGUAUUCGUUGUUAAAGCUUUUUUUUUCGUUUUGGUUAAUUUUGGUAUAUUCGUGGGAUGGGUAGAGAGAGAGAUCAUCUCAUUCGUGACCCAGAUUUUCUUCCACAUAAUCAUUUCAGCAUGUUUGAAAUCAGGGUGUUUUCAUUUUACAAUUUUGAUUGAAAGCGAGUUGUCAGACUUGAUUUUCUGAAUUCAAAGCUGUUUUUUUUUGUACUGUUAAUAAAAGUGAUCGUUUGGGUGGUAAGAGAAAACUCAUUCCCGACACAACGUUCUUCCACGUAACAAUUUUUCAGCGUAUUUGAAAUCUAGCAUUGCCAUUUUACAAUUUGGAUUGUUCAUAAGUUGUCAGACUUUAUGUUCUUUCAACUUUGUAUUCCAACUUUGCGCUAAACACAGUGUAUUAGUGACAGAAGCCGUUUAUUAAUAUAUUUUUCAAAGAUAUUCAAAGUAAAUAUUUAGGCCUAUAUAUUCCAUAAAAAAGGGUUUCUUUUGUGAAAGGAACACUGAUUUACACAUUUUAAUUGACUUUAAAUUAGCAAUUCCCUGUUUUUUAUAUUCCAUUAAUGCGUUCAAAAAAAAAAAUACAAUGUAUUUAAUAGAUGUAAUCUUCGAAAUUUGAAAUGAAAGUUAGAUAACAGUUGUAUACAUUUAUUAUAUACCUCAGGCAUUUCGCUGUUUUCCUUUUUCUUGGGCAUCAAUUGUGGGACAUCAAAAGAGGCGUUGUGCCCUUUCAAUGCGUUUAUCCCGAGCAGAAAGAAUAAAGAUUUCAUUUAAACAUA